AUGUCAUUAAAGCCAGCCAAGAAGAAAGAUUUAAUGCGGCCUGGAAUGAAACCUUAUGAAUCUGGAAAUUUAUCGAGUUUAAGUAAGAAUCAAAAAUCCGAUCAUAAAAUUCCGAUAUGGCCAGAAUGGAGUGAUGGCGAUAUUGCCACUGAGAAAUGGGAUAAUGGAGGUAAAGGAAAAGAUAAAGAUAAAGGCAAAGGAAGUGGAUCAGUUCCAUUUGAAGAUCCUGAAGGUAAAAUUGAACUACCAGCUUCAUUAAAAUCUUCUUUUCAUAGUUGGAAGCGGCCUAUCGAUUAUUUACAAUCCGCAAUUCAAGAAAAGAUAUGGCCUACUGUUGUUGAUCCAGAAAGUGCUACUGGAUUUGAUUUGGUCUCGUCUAAUGAGCAUAUCAUGGACAGUGAAGUUAUGAGAUGGAUCAUUUGUCAAUUAUCAACAUUAUGGAAAAUUCAAAAUGCUUCAUUUAGUGAAACUGAAAUGUCACAACCGUUGAAUGUCCCUGGCACUUGGCGUCCAUGGGAAUUUAUUUAUCCACGAGAAAAAAGUAAAACAAGUCAUAUGCCAAUUUAUAACCCCGGUGGAAAGUAUUGUAUUAAAUUAUUUUGGCUGGGCUCAUGGAGGAAAGUAACUGUUGAUGAUUAUUUACCCUUUGAUGAAAGGGGUAGAAUGUUAUUACCAGCUACAUCUAGACCCCACGAAUUAUGGCCAGCACUAUUAACUAAAGCCUUGCUGAAAGUAGCGUCGUUAGAUUAUCAAUGUGGAGAUCCUGCAAUGGAAUUUGGUGAUUUCAGCCCCAUCCAAUGCUUAACUGGUUGGCUUCCUGAACAUAUUCCCAUUACAUCGGAAUCUUCUGACAGAAUUUGGGACUUGCUAAAAUCAGUUUUACCAAAUUGGAAACCGCCCAGUCCAGCAACUGAUACUCCUGCCGAAGCAGCUCUAGCACAACCGGGGCCUAUUAUUCCACAACCUGUUAUCGUUAUGGAUAAGCCUACUCCAAAAGGAAAACGCGGAGAAGGCAAAUCUAAUCCCGGCAACCUUAAUAAUUCCAAUAACUUCGACAUGACUAAUAUCGGCAAUAGCAAAUCAGAUAGUCCACAUUUGGCUAUUUUCGCAUCAUAUUCAAGUUGUAGUAAGGAGCCUCUUCGACAAUGUGAUCAAGAAGCACUUGCAACCGCUUGUGAAAAAUUGCAAGAACAUAAUUUACCAAACAAAUUAGCUCAUGUCGUCCAUUUAUCGCAGACUAGAGGUUAUCCACUUAUUAUUCCACCGCCACCAGCUCCUAUUCCUCGUUUUAAAUUAAUACGCAAAGUUAAGAAAGAUCCUGAAGAAGAAGAUGAAAGUGCCAAAUCGCCUCCAAGAUAUGUUGAAGUGACUUCUUUAUUAGCUCACUAUGAUGAGACUAAAGUGAUAGAUCGAUCACAAGGCGAUUUCGCCAAACAAAAUAAUGAGGAAACGAUUGAAGAAUGUGAAGAUACAACGGGUAACGAUUUAAAUAAGAAAAAAAUGAAAAAGAAAGAACAAAUUAAAGAACUUCAAAUGGACAAGCAAGGAAAGAAACAGAAACAGCAACAAAAUAUCACUAACUACGAAAAAGCAACAGAAAAACAACAAAAACAAAUGCUGACCGUUGAUAAACCUCUAACCAAAGCUAAUCUUAAUGCUUUAGAUAAAAGUAAUAAGAAAGAUGGUAUUCGUAAACGAAUAAAUACACUUAAUCGCGUUAAUAAUGAAGAGGGUACGGAGAAAGCUAUUAGUGAAUGCGAAAGUACUAUGGUCGAUAGCUUGUCAAGGUGUGAAGACGAAGGCGAUGGCGAUGGCAAAGAAGAUGAAAAGAGUAACGAAGAUGAAGCCAUUAAAAAACAAUUUUGGAUGUCAUUUGAAGACUUUUAUAAAUCUUUCAGAUCCUUAAUUAUCUAUCACAAGUCCAAUUCUUAUGCUAAUUCAAAAUGGAAGGCUGAUUAUAAACAUUUAACAACAAUUACACAUACCUCGAGAAAAACUGCUGGUUCUGCUGCUCAAAUUGUUGACAGUUUAAAACCGAUCGAAUUAUUAUUCUGUUUCACUUCGGUUUCGCGAUGGCGUGAAAUAGUUAUACAGAGUCGUCAUGGCAGAAGAGAAAGUGGAUCUAAUCAUCCGACGCCAGUCACAUCAGAAGCGGCAGCCAACAGCCAGAUUGCUAAUGCUCUAUCUGGUAAUCACAUCCAUCCUGGAUUACUCGUUGCUGAACCGUAUACAUGGAAAAGUCUCGAAGUCGGAGAAGCAAUACUUCGUUUACGCACAACGGGUACAAAAGCUGUUCUUCUACCAUUGCCAGCUGGACGCCAUUUACUACGCUUGAGUAUGCAAGCACCUUUAGGUUAUUAUUUACAAAUAUGCUCCAUGACGCCUUUUAUCUUGGGCGACGAAGAUGUAGUCAUGUCAUGCUUGAAUAAGGAAAGUUUAAGAUUUAUGGCCCAUGCUAGUCAGCGUUUGGAAGGUGUAUCAGAAGCCGUUACUAAUUUGGAUAACGAGGAAAUGUUUGGUAAAGCAGUCCAGAAAAUGGAACUAGGAGAACAGUAUCCCAAAAUAGCGCAAGUUAUGCAUUUUACGGGCUACGCUAGAGCGUUCAUUUAUCAUUUGAAAGAGUUAAUAAGCGAAGUUACACCAGCAAUAAAGUUUGCUAUCAAAGCUUUAAUCUUAAAAAUUCUGCUUCAUCGAAAUAUAGGAGUAGCUAUUGAAAGCCUAGACUCCAUUCAUAGCAUCUCCGAUGAGUACAUUUCAUAUUAUAAAGGAUCCGAAGAAACAAAUAUUAGUAACGCAACAUCGGAAUAUCCCUUAGAAGAACGGAUAUCUAACAAAGAAAUCAAUGGAGUUAUAAAAUUUCAAGCCUUAUUUCGUGGGCAUCAUGUUCGGAAGUUACUUAAAGCAAUCAAGCCAGAUUCUGCUGAUUAUGACAAAAUUAAAGAAAUUAUUCUCCGGACUUGGAGUAAAAUAGAUCAAUCGAAAUAUGAAUUUAUUUCUACCCGAAUUCUACGAACGGUACUGAUGCUAGAGCCUGAUUUAUAUCCAAGUCUUCCAUUCUAUAAAGAUGAGAUGUACCAUAUGGUAUACCAUGAUUACUCCGGCAGUUACGCUGAACAGCCAUCCAAGACUUGGUUUGUUGUAUUUAGGGAGGUAUUUCGUGUUCAAGAAUCCGUUUUGAUGAUACCCAAAUUAACUAUACCGCUGCAAAGCUGCCACUUGCGCGUUGUUAAUAACGAUAAUGGUGAAGAAUUACCACGAGUAUUUCAACACGUGGCUCCGAGUCCGCUGAAGAAAAAUAAAACUGGAUAUACCAUCGUUGCAGAUGCUAAAACACCCGAUGAUGGAAAUGCACCAGCUGGAAAGUGGCGUAUGAGAUUAAUUGGUUCUAAUCAACCUUUACCUGUACCCUAUCGUGACUUUUUCUCCACAGUUAGCUUAACUACAAAAGAGAUUCAAGAUUAUUACUGUCCUAACAAGGAAGGCAUCUUUCUACGCUAUGCCGUCAAAGUUAGAGAUGAUCUACUUACCAGUCUACAGAUUGGAACAUCAAAUAGCAACGCCUAUAUUGAACUGCAGGUCUUGGACAAUGAUGAAGAAGUUAUAAAGUCUACCGGACGAGGACAUGUUGUGAUUCCUGCCUUCACUUUCCAUACCGAUUUCGAUAACAGAAAAAAGAUGGAAAGUCGACCACAAAGUAGUCGACAUGGAAGCGCUAAAGGCCGGCAUCGAAAUCCGCAACCUUCAGCCCAAUCAUCGACUGCAACUCCUAGUAAAAAAUCACGCCCAUCUCGACCCUCUUCUUCAUCAUCUUCAUCUUCGAAUAAGGAAAUUUCUGCUGUAGCAGCUAUACCAGAAGAGAACAAGAUUGAAGAUAACCCGGAAGAUAGAAAGGCACAUAAAUAUAUAAUUCAAGCUAGAGUUUUACGUGAUAGUUGGAAGUUAAAUUCUACCGAACAGCUAUUUGUCGAUACAUUGAAAAUCUCUGAUCGCUCCGAUGCAAUUGCGAAAGACAGACCUAAUUCUAGCGAGAAACAUGAGAAAUCAGAAACUCAAAAACCUUCGAAGCGUAAAAAUAAAAGUCAUGACGAUAAGCAUAGUAAACAUGAUAAGGAUGGUGGAUCAAGAUCGAAUAAAUCUCGAAGCAACGUACCUAAAUCACAAUCUCAACAAACGAAAUUGCGCUAUCUUCAGACGGAAAAUAUUGAAAUUAAACGUGAUACAGAACGUCAGGAUGAAAUUCAAUCCCUAAAGAACGCUUGGGAAGUUGCGGAGCCUGGUCGAUCGGAAAAGGCUAAAUUAAUGCGCCAAAAAUUUAUUGAAGAAUUUGGUAUUCCAGAAGAUAUCAUAGAAAUAGCUGAAGUUACGAAUGAGUUACGAAAAGAGGAUUCAAUAUCGAGUAUCAGGCAUCGUGGUAGUGUCAUUGAGGUUGAAAAAUCCAAAUCGCCCAUUCCAUCUCCUAAAAUACAACGAAAAGUAACGUUAAAGCCCAUCGAUUUUGGUGAACACACACUGAAAGCGGAAAACGAAUCAUCGUUACUGUUGGAAGAUAUCGAAGAUUCUAGACAUUUACUGCAACAAAAAACGAUCCACGACUAUCGGAAACGUCGUGAAGAAGUCCUUUAUCGAAGAAAGGAGGAUAAGCAAUCACGAAGCGUAACUAAAGAAUCUCAACUACAAACAGCCAUCGAAUUACAGGGCAACCUUGAUAAAAUACGAUAUGAAAUAAAGAAACCUCGAGAAACCUAUAGGCAAAAGUACCUAGAAGCAGAGCGGGCUAAGGCCGAAGCGGCAGCCGCUGCCGCUGCUAAAGCUGAGGAGAAAACUAGAACUAUUUCGCCACCAAAGAAGAAGAAAGGCAAAGAAAAAUCACCCAGUCCAAGUAAAAGGAAAAAGUGA